GCGGAAAUAAAUUGAAAAUAAAAAAAGAUCCCAAUGAAAUCAUGAUAACUGCAAAAAGCAUGAUCGGAAGACCUACGUUUUAUGCACCAAACUACGUUAAUGUUUGGUUUGCAAGAGAAAAUUGUCCGCAAAUAAGAUUUAAUGAGGUGACAUUGAAAAAAGUAGAGAAAUCGACUGGACAUGCUAUUGCUGGAUCUAAAAUUAGAAGUGUUCAAAAUAGUUUGCAACGAGAAAACGAUGUUGUAUGCAAGAAGAGUGAACGACCAUUUAUUCUAAAUGUUAAUGGACAAUUAGAUGAUCAGUCAUUUAGUGUUUCAGCUCAAUCUCCUAGACAGGCAGAUUCUAUUAAAGUUGAUCUUGAUUCAUACCUUGGUCCAAAAAGUCAUAAGCAAGCUAGUACAAAACCGUUACAUCAUAAAAGAAAGUACAGGAAACAAGAAAAAUGGAAACAGUCAGUGACAGAAAAUUCCCACAUUGAUAGCACACACCCAAAAGCUGAUAAGCAGUACCGACCCAAAAGAGUACAAGAUGUCCUUGAAGUAAUCGAAAAUAGGAAGAAAAGCAUAAAAGCUAAGCUUUUGAUAAGAAAAGAACACCUUCUAACUCAGGAAGAAGAACAAGACAUUCACACAAGAGCAGACCUGUAUGCUAUAACUACAAUUCCUGAUACAAAAUACUGCAUCCUUCCAUCAGAGGACUGCGUCCCUCGAGCUGUAUUCAGAUAUGAAGACCCUCCAGAAAGUAUAUACCCUCCAGCCCGUAAAAAGAGGAGGCGAAACUAUGGAAACACAAGCUGCUAUGUGACCUUUCACAAUGAGGAGGACAUGUUUGACAAUACUAAAAUGUUACCAAUAGGAACAAGACUUGUAAAACCACCAACGAAACUUGUUGAAUUAGUUGCUCAGGCAAUCAGUGGCAGCCCAGAUGGUCUAUUGCAAGUGCAACAAAUUUACACCUUUCUCCAAAACAAGUAUCCGUUUUUCCGAUACAUGGACAGGGUUGCUAUCAAUAGCUGGAGAAGUUCAAUAAGACAUGCGCUGUACCAGAAAUGGUUUAGAAAGAUUCGUUUUGACUCCAGUUUCAUCAGCAGCAAAGGUUGUUACUGGGCCAUCAAUAACAAAAGCAAUCCAAAGGAAUGGUCAUUACCUGACAAUAAGCUUAAUUUAGAGACAAUUGAGUCACACUUGUCAGUAGAUUCCUUACAAUACUUGAGUGAUGAACAAGAAACACAGGAAGUUGCAGCUAUUGCUAGGCAUCUCUUGUCUGCAGAGGACUGUCCAAGUGAAAUGAGUGAAAGCUUAGAUUGUCUGGAUCAACAAUUACCAACCACAGAGCCUCAGAAUACUGUCCCUUCCCCUGUGAAAGAGCCCGACCCUAUCCUAUCAACAUGUACAACAGACUGGAAUAAUGAUGAUAUCUGUAUUUCAAGUAAUGAGUCUGGACAUGGCACAAUGACUCCAGUAAACAGUCCAUCAUUUCAAACUGUGCUGUGUUUAACUCAGGAGCAAAGUGAGUGCGACAUACGCGCUGAUUUGAUACUGGGCUCGCCUUUGAACAGCCUCCCUAAUGCAGACCUCAUAUCAGUUAAAGACUAUUCACCGCGUCAUAAAACAGUUCUUUUUCCAUGUCAAAAACUCACAAAGACUGAUAUUUCACCUAUGGUAAAUUGGACACCAGAUUGGGAAGAAUAUGGAUCUUAUAUCAUUUCACCGCAAAAUGUCAAUACACAGAAAUAUGUUCAGAAUUUGCCAGGGGAGACAACUACAGCAACAGACUGUGAUAAUAAUGAAACAAAGUCUGAGGAAGAUGACGCCAAAAGGCUGGAAUUACAGACUAUGUGCAGCUUGUUAGAUUCAGAUAGUGAGGAAUGUUCACCUCUUUUAAACUGUAGCUGUGGUAGUGAUACAGAAUCAUGUGAAUUUGAAGUCAUUGCAGAAUUUCCAAAAUCAGAUUUUCCAUCCCCUGAUCUCGGGCUUGAAUUAUAUUCCUAACUUUUGAAAUUAUGUCAUCCGUAUAGUUUUGUUUGGGCUAUUUCUUUCAGAUCUUAUAUAGAGUAUACAUUUUCUUAACUUAAAGACAACAGUGCUGUUUCAAAGCUAACAUUUAGAUAUGUGCAACAAAUGAAUUCUUUAAAAUAUUUCAGGUAAAUUUGAAUUCACUAAAGCUCAUAUUCAAUACUUAUCAUUUGCAAGUUGAAGAAAUGUAAAGAAAUGUAAA